GGGGAGUUAAACUCCGUGUCGGCAAGGCGUUGUCAAAGCCUUGCGAACAAAGAUGCUUGCGAUGAUAGACUAGUCACUAGUCAAUCCGGCCUUAUCAUGCAUGGAGACUUGGCUCCUCCAAAACUUGGCACCCAUCCAUCCAUCCUGCUACCAGCAGCGGCAGAUCGAGGGCGAUCGGCCACGCGCGCUGCUCUGCGGAUCGGCUGCUGAGGCCUGGCCGACGGCCACACCCCCCGGCUGUCCAGGGCCAACAGCUCCACCCCAACUCGCGCUCCGCCGCUCAUGCACCGGUGCUUAUAAGCAACUGCAGGAGCGAGCGCGGAGGGGUUUGUUACUGGCUGCUGCCAACAGCGGAGGACUCCUUCCACGUCCCCGCCCGAACCGCCCGCUCCCCGGCAACCGCGGCGCCAGCCCCCACCCCACUACUAGUAUUAGAGUCCACCGCACACAUCCUCCCCCACCCGGAGGCAGAGAGGCAGCCUGCAGCUCUCCUCGUGGUCGUGGACUAGGGACUAGAAGAGGAGGAGAGCCAUGUCUGCUGCAGCCUGCGCGCCGACGCGGCUCGGGAUGCUCACGUUCGCCGACCGGAUGGCGCCGCCACCGAUGGAGGAGGAGCCGCCGGCGGCCGCCGCCGGCGAGGGGUGCGUGAACGCGCAGCUCUGGCUGGCGUGCGCGGGCUCCAUGUGCACCGUCCCGCCCGUCGGCGCCGCGGUCUACUACUUCCCGCAGGGCCACGCCGAGCAGGCCAGCGCCGCCGUCGACAUGUCCGCCGCGCGCGGCGUCCCGCCCUUCGUCCCGUGCCGCGUCGUCGCCGUCAGGUACAUGGCCGAGCCGCACACCGACGAGGUCUUCGCCAGGAUACGCCUCGUCCCGCUGCGCCCCGGGGAGCCCGUGGCGGACGUCGGCGACGCCGCCGCCGCGGGCGAGGGGGACGCCGGGGGCGACCACCAGCAGCAGCCCAAGCCGGCGUCCUUCGCCAAGACGCUGACGCAGUCCGACGCCAACAACGGCGGCGGUUUCUCCGUGCCGCGGUUCUGCGCCGAGACCAUCUUCCCGGAGCUGGACUACCGGGCGGAGCCGCCCGUGCAGAGCGUCUACGCCAGGGACGUGCACGGCGUCGAGUGGACGUUCCGCCACAUCUACCGGGGCACCCCGCGCCGCCACCUGCUCACCACGGGCUGGAGCAACUUCGUCAACAAGAAGAAGCUGCUGGCCGGCGACUCCAUCGUCUUCCUGCGCGGCGAGAACGGCAGGGUCCACGUGGGCCUGCGCCGCGCCAAGCGCGGGUUCGGCGUCGGCGGGGGCGACGACGGCUCCCCCUCCCUGGCCGGCUGGGACCCCUACGGGAACCUGGUGCGGGGCAAUGCGGGCGGCCCGGGCGGCGGCGCGCGUUCGCCGAGCGGCAAGGUCCCGCCGGAGGACGUGGUCGCGGCGGCGAGGCUGGCCGCCGCCGGGCAGCCGUUCGAGGUGGUGCACUACCCGCGCGCCAGCACGCCGGAGUUCUGCGUGCGCGCGACCGCGGUCAGGGCCUCCAUGCAGGUGCCGUGGUGCCCCGGCAUGCGGUUCAAGAUGGCGUUCGAGACCGAGGACUCCUCGCGGAUCAGCUGGUUCAUGGGCACCAUCUCCGGCGUCCACGCCGCCGACUCCGCCCGCUGGCCGCAGUCGCCCUGGCGACUCCUCCAGGUGACCUGGGACGAGCCGGAGCUCCUGCAGAACGUGAAGCGCGUGUGCCCGUGGCUGGUCGAGCAGGUGUCGAGCAUGCCCAACCUCCACCUGCCCAACUUCUCGCCGCCGCCGCGCAAGAAGCAGCGCAUCCCGGAGUUCCCCUUCGAGGGCCAGCCGCUUGUCGACCCGCCCUUCCCGCCCGCACAUCCGCUCCCUCUGCUGGCGCCCCACCCGCACCCGCACCCCCACCACGACCAGAGCCACCACCACGGCCUCAUCCCCUUCUUCCCCUUCCCGGACGGCAGCGCUGCUGCAGGCAUACAGGGAGCCAGGCAUGCACAACUCGCUCCAUUCUUUUCGGAUCUCCACAUCGGCAACCUGCAGCAAAGCUUGCUGUUCUGCGGCGUCCGCCCCGCCGAUCACCACGCCCCUACCGCGCCACGGAUCAGCACCGACCUGGCAAUCGGCAACCCGCCGCCCCGUCACGACGCGCCGCGCUCUCCACCGGCUGGCGCCAAGAAGGCCGACGACGUCAAGCCAGUGGGGAUAAUGCUUUUCGGGCGGGCGAUACUGACCGAGGAGCAGAUGAAGAGCAACAGCCCGACCUCGCCGGGAGCCACCAGGAAAGGGUCGCCUGAUCGCUCCGGCUCCGGCGUCACCGAGGGCAGCCCUACAAAGAACAGCUUACUGGACGCGGGGCUGGAGCCCGGGCACGGGCAGUGCAAGGUGUUCGUGGAGUCGGACGCCGUCGGCCGGAACCUCGACCUCUCGGCGCUGGGCUCGUUCGAGGAGCUGUGCGCCCGCCUGUCCCGCAUGUUCCGCAUCCACGACGCUGACCUGAGGAGCCACGUGCUCUACCGCACCGCCGCCGGCGAGGUGAAGCACGUCGGCGAUGAGCCUUUCAAUGCGUUCGUGAGAUCAGCGCGGAGGAUCACAAUACUGGGUGACGCCGGCAGCGACAGCACGGGGAGCCAAUGAGCACCUGGGAUCAGCUGCAAAUAACUUAGGGCGCUACACUCCUAGGACGCGCGCAAUAAGCCGGGCGCAGAGCUGAACAAGCAAGCUGCAUGCGGUUUUCCUUUUUCGAUCGGCAGGCCUAGGGAGUUUACAGCUUAGUCAGGGAGGCUAGGCUGAUGCGGGUGUUCAGCUAGGUUCAUUUUCCUCAUCCCUUUUAACCAGUUUAGUUGUUGUUGAUGUUUUUUUUCCCUUCUGAUAACGCAAACAUCUUUGGUCCUGAACCGAACCUAUCCGGUUCCCCUUUUGGAUUUCAAUGUUCGAACUCGAA